UUGCUGCGGCUGAGUUGAGUCAGUUUGUUUCCGAAAAGUUUGACCUGGGUUUGAAGAUGUCGGCCUCUGUGAAACACAAGCAGGACGAUACGGCGUUAUUGGUGCUCGCUGCGCUUAGUCUGGCUCUUCUAACUAUGCUCAGCGUGUGGAAGUUCAAACAGUUCAAGUACAGACUCCUGAAUGAAACUGGAGCUGCAAUGUUUUAUGGUAUUCUUCUGGGUUUAACUGCGAGAUGGUUGUGGUUUGGCCAAAGAGAGCAUAUGGAGAACAUAGAGAACGUUUGCACCUGUCACGGUCUGAACAACACGCCUCACAUCCUGAUGUUCAACACAACAUCACAUGGGCACUGCUACAGACAUGUUGGAAAAACCAACCAAAGAUGCUCACUGAUCUCAGCCCCUCAUGCGGAGACCUUUGAUCCGGAGGUCCUUUUCAAUCUGUUCCUGCCGCCCAUCAUCUUCCAUGGAGCUUACACCCUUAAUCAGAAACGAUUCAUUGAGAACCUGGGAUCUGUUCUAACCUAUGCUUUUUUGGGCACCAUAAUCAGCUGCAUGUGCAUAGGGGCUUGCAUGUACGGCUUCACCAGACUGAUGGUGCUGUUGGGCCAAGCAGCAGAUGGAGAAUUCUUCCUCACCGACUGCCUCCUGUUUGGGGCCAUUAUGUCUGCCACUGACCCAGUCUCAGUCCUUGGCCUGCUGUCAGAGCUGCGCGUGGACUUGGAUCUGCACACCCUGCUGUUUGGCGAGAGCGUGCUGAAUGAUGCCGUGGCCAUCGUCCUGACACACGCCAUCGCCACCUACAGCCAGGCGGGUGCCGGACACAUCUUCGACCCUGCUGCCUUUCUCCGCUCUGUUGGGCUUUUUCUUGGGGUUCUUGUUGGUUCCUUUUUCAUAGGUUUCAUAUUCACAGUAAUAACAGCCCUCCUCACUAAAUUCACUCGACUGCAUGAGAAUCCCCUGCUGGAGACAUCAGUCUUCUUCCUGCUCUCCUGGAGCAGCUUCCUCUCAGCCGAAGCUGCCGGACUUUCAGGCAUCGUGGCAGUGUUGUUUUGCGGCUUAAGUCAGGCAAGAUACACAGUUCUCAAUUUAUCCCCUGAGGGCAGGACAAGGACCAAACAGCUCUUUGAAGUCUUCAACUUCCUGGGGGAGAUUUUCAUCUUCGGCUACAUGGGAUAUGUAUUGUUGACGUUUCCUCACCAUGUCUUCAAAGCUCUCUUCAUUUCUGGGGCAUUUCUAUCCAUCUUUAUUUCAAGAGCGUGCAACAUCUACCCUUUAUCUUUCUUGCUAAACCUGGGCCGUACAAACAAGAUUCCCCGCAACUUCCAGCACUUCAUGAUGCUUGCAGGUUUGAGGGGAGUUGUCGCUUUUAGCCUGGCUGCAAGAGACACAUCCACAGAAGUGAGGCGCACCAUCCUCACCACCACUCUGCUGCUGGUCGGCGUCACCACCUGGGUGCUGGGUUCGGUUUCUGAUCCCGUGCUGCGGCGUCUGGACAUCAGGGUGGGGGUGGAUGCUGAUGAAAAUCCACAGGACCUUUCUUUAGAGGUUGCUACAGGGAGGCCAGACACAACACGGGGCCUGUGGCACCGGCUGGACUACAAAUAUCUAAAGCCACUGCUGACACACUGCGGCCCCCCGCUGACCGACUCGCUGCCACAGUGCUGUGGUGUGUUUGCCAGAGUCUUCAGCAGCCCCCAUGUGAAGGAGCUUGGCGUUCAGGAGCAGCCGGUUGAGAUUGAACCAGAGGAUUCAAACUUGGAUUCGAUAAAAGCAGAGAACCACCUCGCAUCCACAGGAGGCGACUCUGGGUCGGAGCACCAGGAGGACCUGGUGGAGGGAGACCUGGGCCUUGGCACCGCUCCAGCUCACAUCAGGGAAGCCUGAAGCUCCAGGAUUCACCUCUAACCCCGUCUUAUCUGCCCUUGUUGCCCCGACGCUAAGGCGUGGCCUCCCACGGUGAACCGGGUCACUGGUCAGGGCAUCUGAAAGCAGCCAGCUGGGAGUCAGACUUAGUGAGGCUCCCCAAAGGUCACGCACCCCCCAUGUGCUGACAUGCAUACAAAGACACACUCACACAGGGAGAGAAAACAAUUACAAAGGCCGGUGCUGUUUCUGUUGCUCUGCUGAUGCUUUUCUUGGCUUGAUUUGAUUCAAGGAAUUUAAUAGCUGAAAUUGUAAGUACCUGUCUGACCCAUGUGUGCAAAGUGCACUUUCACCCAACAACCAGGACUGUAAUGGAACAGCUGUGGUUAUAAUGCAAUAUGUUAAGUCACAUCUUAAGUAUGAGCCGAGAAGCUUCAUGCUACUUGGUUACAUAACAGUUUGGUUUGAAGCUUUAGGGAGAAUCACUCAUCUACAUAUACUGUGACUGGAUGCAACGGUCUUUCCCUUAAUCAGCUAAAAUGGUAUUUUCGUGCCUACUUUGCGUUGCUCUUCCCCGGCCUCUUAUUAAACUUUUAUUGCACUGUUUUCCGCUGCACUCCUUUUAACUGAGUCAAAUGUGUUCCGCUGAAUUUAUUACCCCCCUCAUGUCAUUUCACAUCUUUGCUUAUCAUUCUGCACCACGCAAGAAUGUCUGCAAAUACUUAAGUGUAUUAACAGCAUUUGGAGAAGAGACUAUUAGCAUGUGAGUUUCCUCUGACUUCUUUAAUUAUAGAUCGCACUUUGCUGCUCUCUGAGUGCAUCAUUAUAAAUCUCAGGGCCCCUUUUCCCUCGAGUGAAGCGGGGUGUUGUGUACGGCACAAACACAAUCUGUGAAGGCUAGCCUUUGUGAAUAUGCAGACAGUUUGUCUGGUAUUAAUAAAGCCAUUGUCCUUGAAGUGAGAGCUUUCCAUUUUAUGUUGUGAAUGCAUGGGUGCAUUUUGGGAACGCUUUAUGUUUGAGUUUUCAGUCGCUGCAAAAAAAACAUCACAAUAUGUUGCCCUUAUUUUCACAUUAAUGUUUGAAUAGUUUUGUUGCGAGUAAAUGAGACUGAAUUGUAGCAGAAGUCCUUCAUCAUGAGCCUUCAGAGAUGCUCAACUUUUUAGUCCUUAAAGGGGCUUAAUUUAUAUUCCAAAUGGUACAGUGUUACUAGUUUAUAUGUGAUUUGCUGAUUUUUAAAGCCAUCAUUAGUGCAAUGAAUCACCCCAACACAAAGCAACGCAUUAGUCUGUGAUGCUCAACAAAUCAAAACAGUAUCACCUGACGUUUCAUAAUCUCAACAUCUUCCCUUCGAUUCGCCGCAAAACUUAUUUCCAAUGUUUUCUUCAAGAACUACUCGCUGAAAUCCGCCCACCAGGUGCAGCAUCUGUCCCUGUGCAGGAGGAACAAACCGCUCACAACAAGGUUUUACAACUUCUCAAUGCAACCUUGUCAUUGUUAAAAGACUCGCUGGUGUUGAGCCUUUCAAGUGUCAUUUUUUUGGGUAUGUUGAGCAUCACAAACUCAAUGUUGUUUUCUGUCGUGGGAGAAAUACUGCAAACCUCAGCAAAUUGACACAACAAACUGGAUUUAUUGUGUUUUUUUUUUUAAAUAAAGUGUCUCUUUAACUUCUGUUUUUAGCUUUGCAUUCAUUCCAUAUCAAGAGGUGGUUUGUAUUUUUUGAAGUAAGAGUGUAUGAGAUGCUUGUCCAUAGUCAGUGUAUCACAAUUAAAUCAUAGUAGAUGGUGCUUAACAUGCCCCCAGUUUAGCAAAGCAAAGAAGAGUAGCAGCACAAAUGCAAAGCAGUGGACUGCUGUGGACGGCAGCAACAGAAAAGCAUGAAUUAGUCAACUUGAAAUUAAUUUUAAGCUUGCAUUGUAUUUAGAAUAUGACUCUAUAUAUACUCUCUUCAAAGCCAACAGACUCCUUUAACAAAAACAGUAAUUUCACCCAACAGAACAUGAGUUUUAACAUGUUAGUCUGGUUCCAAAUGAACAUGUUAAAACACUACAGUCACACUGUAUCACAAAAGCACUUAUAUAUCAUGUUUCUGAAGAGAGCAAAGCAACAAUUUCCAUUCCAUGUCACAAACAGCUUAUUUUUUGGUGAAUUAAUCAUUUUUGCUGCUGACCUCGUCCACAUCAGUGCAUUAAUUAGCUUGUAUGCUGAUACUUCAAUCUUUUUUCUCUUAACUAGCAUUGUAACCAUCAUCUACUGUGGGCAACACAUCAGCUGUGGAUUAAUACUUCACAUCAGCCCUCUUUUAAAAAAAAUCCCUUUAAAAUGACUGAAGUUCCCAUUUUGUUCCCUAUCUGAGAUUUUUUUUAAAGUUGUGUAUCACAAACUUGAAAUUAAAAGCGACUGAAAUAAUUA